ACUUUAUCGGUUUUUCAGCGAUAAAAAAGACAAGCCGUGGUGGCAUCUUCGCGUAAAUUUCGACUUGUUUCUAAAAAUUAUCGCAAAUUACUAUUGAAAACUUAUUUUAUUAACGUUUAAAGUGUUUUAAAGAUAAGCUCAAGGCAUCAUGCGUUAUAUGAAUGAAGAUAUGUUGUGAAUGCGAAUCAACUCCUCAAAUUUUGCAACCCAAUCUUUUGUUGGGUGUUGUAUAACUACCCUCGCUGUUAGUGUUGGGAAGUGAAAGUUCCAGCUUUGGAGGGUGGAAACAAAAAUGUCCGGAAAGUGUCGUUUGUGCAUGAUGGGAUGUCCCCUUUCCUUUGUGGAGGACGAGGAGCUGCGUUGGAUGAUCGAUAAGAUUUUCUACUUCAAGAUCUUCCGCAAUCCCGGGGAUUUGACGCUGGUUUGCGAAACCUGCCGGGAAACGGUAGCCGGAUUUCACGAGUACGCCGAGAGUGUUUGGAAGAACCAGCAGUUCAUGCGGGCGAGUUCGGUGCCCUCUACCAGUGGAAUCGUAUCAAAGGUUGAGCCAGAUAUUCAUCAUAUUGCCAAGAGGGAACAUAUUGAUGAAGAUCAGGAACCUCCCUUACCGGUUGCGUACCUGGAAACUAGCAUGACGAAUGCGGAGGAUUCCAUGGACGACGAUGACCAGGAUAUUGAUUAUAAAGGAGACCGAGAAUGGCUACUUCCGGACGAGGAUGAAGACCCUAUCGAUGAGCAGGAAGUCAAACCGACCAAGACUCAUAAAGUUGAGUUUGAAAUAGAAGAAAUGGAGGACGUAGAAUACUUGGAAGAAGAGCAGCAAAGGAUGCAGUUUGCCACUCCUAAAGCUAAGAAACCUGGGCCGAGUAAACCAACCAAGCUGCACGAAAGCCCGAAAUCGGAAAUUGAAGAACAGCUCCUGCAGCAUUACAAUUUGUGUUGUGAUCUUUGCAAUCAGCCCUUGAAUGGAUUUGCUGAGCUGAUGAGACACUUCAAGAACAUUCACAACCAACCGGCUUAUUUGAACUGUUGCAACAAGAAAAUCACGAAGAAAUGCUGGAUGAUCGAACACAUCCAAGUGCAUUUGAAUCCGGAUACGUUCCACUGCGCCAUUUGCCGGAAGAGCUACAGCUCUAGUCGAGUGCUCAAAGAGCACACCAAGGAAGUGCACACUCCAAACGAAGAACGCUCCAUUAAGUGCGAAACGUGUCACAAGCCGUUUGCCACCCAGCGUGCCCUCAGUGCCCAUCUGAUGGUAUCCCACGGAUCAAUACCCUGUCCGGAAUGUCACAAGCUACUGGCCUCGCAAGGAUCCCUCAAGAAGCACAUGGUCAUGAUGCACGGCGAGGGAGAACAGCACGUUUGCGAUGUGUGUGCCCGGGUGUUCCGUUCGAAGCCCUGCUUCGACAAGCACGUCAAAAUGCACCUGGGAACGUUCGAAGCCGAGAGGGUUCAGUGUACCCUAUGCAUGGCCUGGCUCACCAACAAGUACUGCCUGAGGCAACAUACGCGCCGCAUUCACACCAACGCGGACGAAGUGGUAUCGUGUGAGAUUUGCGGCCGGGCCCAGCGGAACCAGGUCAUGCUGAGACACCACAUGACCCGGGCCCACGGCGAGAGUCGCUUCGAGUGCGACGUGUGUUUCAAGAAGUUCAAGCGACCGCAUCACAUGAGGGAACACAAAGCGAUCCAUCACACCGGUGAGGACCUCUAUGGAUGCGAUUAUUGUCCCGAGCGGUUUAACAACAAGAACAAGCAGUGCUUACAUCGGAAGACGUGCCACCCGGCCGAGUUCGAAGAGGAGAUGCGCCGACGAGCCAUGAAGGAUAUGUAGAGAUCAGACUUGAAACCGUAAUUUAUAUGUAAGCUAAAAACUAGAGUGCGUUUUUUUCGAUUUAAUAAAUUAUGAAAAGUAC